UCCUGGGCCCCGCGGCGGCGGCGGCGGCGGCGGCGGCGGCGGCAGGAUGAUCAAGCUGUUCUCGCUGAAGCAGCAGAAGAAGGAGGAGGAGUCGGCGGGCGGCACCAAGGGCAGCAGCAAGAAGGCGUCGGCUGCGCAACUGAGGAUCCAGAAGGACAUAAACGAGCUAAACCUGCCCAAGACGUGUGACAUCAGCUUCUCAGAUCCAGACGAUCUCCUCAACUUCAAGCUGGUUAUCUGUCCUGAUGAGGGCUUCUACAAGAGUGGGAAGUUUGUAUUCAGUUUUAAGGUGGGCCAGGGUUACCCGCAUGACCCCCCCAAGGUGAAGUGUGAGACGAUGGUCUAUCACCCCAACAUUGACCUCGAGGGCAACGUCUGCCUCAACAUCCUCAGAGAGGACUGGAAGCCAGUCCUUACGAUAAACUCCAUAAUUUAUGGCCUGCAGUAUCUCUUCUUGGAGCCCAACCCUGAAGACCCACUCAACAAGGAAGCUGCCGAGGUCCUUCAGAACAACCGGCGGCUGUUUGAGCAGAAUGUGCAGCGCUCCAUGCGGGGUGGCUAUAUCGGCUCCACCUACUUCGAGCGCUGCCUGAAAUAGGGUUGGCGUGCACCCGCCCCCUGCCAGGGCCACCAGCCCUGGCAUCCCCUGCAAAUAUUUAUUGGGGGCUACAGGUGGGGGUCAUGGGGUGGCUGGUGGGGGAAUCCCAUACCCUGGCCUUGCCUCCCCUCCCUGCCACCCGCUCCUACUUAUUUUUCUUUUUAACCACCAUGUGAUUAAGGUCGGCACUGCCUCCCCCGACCCACUCAGCUAUGGGAAAUGAAUUGGCUUGUCUAGCCCCCCACCCCCGCUGGGUGCUAUCCAGUCCCCCACUCUGGGCUCUGGGGUGGGUGGCCAAGAGGACUGGGUGGCCAUGGACCCGGCACCCCACUCCUCCACCACUGGAGGUCCCACCAGGCUAUUAAAGGGGAAUGUUACUGCAUG